AAGGAGGGGGCCCCAUUUUCCCAGCUGAGGUAUCAAGGGCAGACAUCACAUAGGUCGCUACUGACACUUCUUCAGAAUGCAGGAGUGACGCCACAGCGCCCUGAGCCCGCUGCCCACCAUCUUGUGGCACCUCCUGUGUCUCCUUUAUUGCCGUAUUAUCGGACAGUUCAGAUGUUCUUUGGCCCCGAGAUGGAACGAGGUAUACUGGGGCGUCCUGUGGGGGCGGUACCCUCUGCUCGUGGUGUGCUGAGGUGUCCUGCGGGGGCGGUACCCUCUGCUCAUGCUGUGUGCCCAUGGUGUGCUGAGGCGUCCUGCGGGGGCGGUACCCUCUGUUCAGCCGUGUGCUCAUGGUGUGCUGAGGUGUCCUGCGGGGGCGGUACCCUCUGUUCAGCCGUGUGCCCAUGGUGUGCCGGGGCAUCCUGCGGAGGCGGUACCCCCUGCUCAGCCGUGUGUGCCCAUGGUAUGCUGGGACGCCCUGCGGGGGCGGUACCCUCUGUGCAGCCAUCUGCUCUGAGGUUACCUCGCCCGUGA